GUAAACAUGGAGGGCGCUAAGUGAACUGCAUGCCUCUGAACUGCUCUGUGAACUGAUUUAAACCUCGAAUCACCUCUGCGGAGGGAACAAACAACACUUACGUCAAAAUGUCUCGUCACAGAAAUGUUCGCGGUUAUAACUACGACGAAGACUUUGAGGAUGACGACAUGUACGGGCAAUCUGUCGAUGAUGACUACUGCAUCUCUCCUGCUACGGCUGCGCAGUUCAUCUACUCCCGGCAGGACAGGCAGGAGCCACGAGUGGCGCCGGUGGAGGAGGGGGAGGAGGACGAGGACGCAGAGAUCCCCAUGUCCCCCUCCAUAGGCCCCACACUGGACCCUCUGGAUCAGGGUCGUCUGUACUCGUGUCUGGACCACAUGCGGGCGGUUCUGGGGGACACCGUGUCCGACUCGGUUCUGACCCAGGCCGCCCUGCGCCACGACUUCGACCCGCAGCGGGCACUGGAUGCGGUCCUGUCGGCAGAGAGCGGACACGCCCCUGCCACUGUCCCCGCACCCGUCGUCGCCCCAGCCGCGCCCCUGGCAGCAGCACCCACAGCCACACAACCACCCCCCGUCACCGCCGCCGCCGCCGCGCCCUUACCACAGAGACCAGAGCGAGAGAGAGGUAAAGGCCGUGAGAACCGCAACAAGGUGGAGUCGGAGAUCGUCCCCAAGGUGGCACGCAUGACCGUCUCUGGCAAGAAGCAGACCAUGGGCUUCGACGUGCCUAGCAUGGAAGAGAAUGGAGUCCAGAGUCCUGCCGUGGGUCGGGGCCCCAGUCCGGAGGUGGUCGCCGUGCCGACGCCCAUCGCCACUCCAGUCAGCACCCCCGCCAAAGCCUCCGCCCCUGCCCCCGAGACGCCCGCCAAGAACGCGGGUAGCGGCGACGACCCCCUCACCCCGGCCACCACCCCCCGCACCAGCGGCAAGAGCAAGAACCAGCUGGACAUCCGCACGGAGCUGAACAAGAGGCAGGGGGGGAAACCGCUACUCAACCUGGUCGUCAUCGGCCACGUGGAUGCGGGUAAGAGCACGCUGAUGGGCCACCUGCUGUACCUGCUGGGCAACGUCAACAAGAGGACCAUGCACAAGUACGAGCAGGAGGCCAAGAAGGCCGGGAAAGCCUCCUUCGCCUACGCCUGGGUACUGGACGAGACCGGGGAGGAGAGGGACAGGGGAGUGACAAUGGACGUGGGGAUGACCAAGUUUGAGACGGACUCUAAAGUGGUGACACUAAUGGACGCCCCGGGCCACCGGGACUUCAUCCCCAACAUGAUCACGGGGGCCGCACAGGCGGACGUGGCGGUGUUGGUGGUGGAUGCGAGUCGUGGGGAGUUUGAGGCCGGCUUCGAGGCGGGGGGCCAGACGCGGGAGCACGCCCUACUCGUCCGCUCGCUCGGAGUCACCCAGCUGGCCGUCGCCGUCAACAAGAUGGACCAGGUCAGCUGGCAACAGGAGCGCUUCCAGGAAAUCACCAAAAAACUUGGUCACUUUCUGAAGCAGGCUGGCUUUAAGGACUCUGACGUGUUCUACAUCCCUUCGAGUGGCCUCUCGGGAGAGAAUCUGACCAGCAGGAGUAGCGUGCCCGAGCUCACAGCCUGGUACAAGGGGCCCUGUCUCCUGGAGCAGAUAGAUGGUUUGAAGCCGCCACAGAGAUCAGUGGAUCAGCCUUUUCGUCUCUGCGUGUCCGACGUCUUUAAAGACCAAGGCUCUGGCUUCUGUGUGACGGGCAAAGUGGAGGCCGGCUACGUCCAGACAGGAGACCGCAUGCUCGCCAUGCCCCCCAACGAGACCUGCACUGUUAAAGCCAUAACUCUACAUGACGAGGCCCAGGACUGGGCGGCCGCCGGAGAUCACGUGACCCUGUUUGUCACAGGAAUGGACAUCAUCAAAAUCAAUGUGGGUUGUGUGUUCUGUGAUCCAAAAGCACCUAUCAGGGCCUGCACUCGAUUCAGAGCCCGGAUUCUGCUGUUCAACAUCGAGGUUCCCAUUACACAAGGUUUUCCUGUGUUGCUACACUACCAGACAGUAAGUGAGCCGGCGACAAUCAGAAAGCUGGUGAGCAUCUUGCACAAAAGCAACGGAGAGGUGCUGAAGAAGAAACCAAAGUGUCUAGGUAAGGGCCAGAAUGCCGUGGUGGAGAUCCAGACGCAGCGGCCGGUGGCUCUGGAGCUGUACAAGGACUACAAGGAGCUGGGCCGCUUCAUGCUGCGAUACGUGGGCUCCACCAUCGCUGCUGGGGUCAUCACAGAGAUCAAAGAGUGAGCACCAGCCGGAGGACUGGAAGGACAGACGGCCUGGACCACGAGAGCUGAAGAACGAACGAACGAACAAGUGCAAUUUCCUCUCACCCCCCUUCAGUUUUGGGCUAGCGCACACACACACACGCACACACACACACACACACACAUGCACACACGCACACAUACACACACACACACCGUACACCCUAGAACACAGUCACCAUUCACAUCUCUGAAGUAUGUACACACACACACACACACACACACACACACACACACACACACACACACACACACACACACACACACACACACACACACACACACACACACAGGCAGGCAGGCAGGUUCUGGCUUUCCAGCUUGACCAUGGAGAAGAGCAUUGGUUAUUGACCGAUAACCGAUAAGCUGCACAAACUAAUUACUAUAGUUAUUUUUUAAUUUUUUAAUUUUAUUUUCUUCUCAAACAAGGGAGGGUGUGCAUUUGCCAUUAGCAUGUCAUCACUGCAGGUGUUUUCCAGAUCUGUCUGAGUUGAAGCAUAACGCUGCUCACAUACAGUGGCUAAUUAACACUGACUGAAUGGCAUGUAAUGGACACUGGGAGUAAUAGCAAGUGAAUGGUGAAUGUCAAGUCCUGCUAGCUGUUUUUGACAACUGUUGGACUGCACAUCCUGAGGAGUCUGGACAGUUGCCAUGCUACGUCUUCCAGCUAGAGUCUGUUAACACCCACCCACACGGACACACACACGGACACACACACGGACACACACACACACUCAAUAUCAGAGAAAGGAAAGACAAUAGAGCUUGACUGACAUCGUCAUCAGUGUCAUUGUUGUUCAACAUGAGCAGACGUACUGUUUUGGUAUUGUGGCACAUUCAUCAGACAUACUCUUGGUGUGUCGCUGUGGCACAAAAGAUGGCACCCAUCUCUUGAUAAUUCACCAUAUUCUCAAAAUAGGGUGAAUUCAGGUAAAUUGGGCCACUUUUUUCCAUUAACUUUAUAUGCAAAAAAGUGGCCCAAUUUACUUGAAUUCACCCUACAAUAUCCCCCUGGCUUUGUCAAAGAACUGCUUUUAUUUUUAUUUUCUCCCUUUAUUUUAAAAUUCAGUUUUAUGAACGACUGAAAAUGUAUUAUUGCGUUACCUGUUUUUCAGGUAAUCUUUUUUUCUUCUUCUUUUUAUUUUGUUCUUAUUUGUCUUUGAGUGGGGGGGGGAAACAUUUUGACCCUGGUGACUCAGGAAAGUUGUUAAUGUUUUAGAGGAAUGAAAUAGAAAAGGGAUUCUUCAGUAGAAUAGGCUUGCACACUGACCAGUGAUCACAGGUAGCAGUGCAGAGAAAUAACGGUAACACUUAACUUGACGCCGGCAUCAUAGGUACGACAUAACCGUGUCAUUACAGUGUCGUAACGCAGUCAUGGACGUGUCAUAAUUAUUAUGUCUAUGUCAUCAACAUGUUAUGACUUGUCAUUUAGUGAUAUUUGGUUAUGGUAAAGACCGCCCUAACAAUGUCAACUUUUCCUGACCAUGAAACGUUUGACAUUGACAUAAUGUUUAUGACUCAUUCAUGACUGUGUCAUGACACUGUUUUGACAAUAUUAUGACACUGUUAUGUCAUGCGUGUGACGUGUCAAGUAAAGUGUAACUGAUAUAACUUACUGGGUUGUUUGAGAUUUCAGACCCGAUUCGGAUUCCUAGCACCCUCAGCUGUCCAAAUCCAGAUUCCCUAUGGUUACCAACGACCAGGACAAUGGCAGACACAAACCAAGAUAAAUUAUUAUUUAUGAUUAAAAUGAUUGCUAUUGUGGUGUCAGUCUCAUCAGCCCUGAUCCUGUGUUGGCUGAAAGCCAGAGGGGACACAAGACAUCUGGUCAGACUUAAAGAAAAACACUUAAAACAUAUACGUACAUGCACUCUGUCUGCCUGUUUUGGUCAUUCCUAAUGACAAUUUUUUUUUCUGGAGUCAACAUUUUCAAGGCUAGGAUUUUCAGGUUCAUGUUUGAUUGCAUUUCCUGGGCUCCUCAAAAGAAAGAGGGAAAAAAGGAGAGAAAAAAGAACACUCCCUCUCAAAAGCUUAUGUGCUUGUAAGCAGUCCCUCACCCAAAUAUAUUGUUUUUUUGGUCUUGAAGAAUUGACACCUUGCCAGAGGUGCUCUGAAGGACUCAAUUCUGCAAAGCAAAGCAAAAAAAAGAAAAAAAAAUCUAAAAAGUGUUUCUGCAAAAGAGACAAAGGUGGCAUGCGUGAUGUGUGCAUUUGGUGUAAGCCGCGAAGGCUGACAUAUAUCAUUCACUAAUAAUACAAGUACAUCUACCACUCUCGGAUCUGCUCAUGUACUAAAAAAGUGGAUGUUUACAUACAACACAACACACAGUCAGCCGACAGUAGCCUUCAUGUGGAAUAAUAAAAGUGAGCAAUUGAAAA